GACAGCAAUUUGUGUUUUCUUAAUAUUUAUAGGAAAACUACUUUGGGGAAGAUGACAUGUAUAUGGAUUUUGAAGAGGUUAUCUCAAGUCCUGUUUUGUCACUGUCAACAUCAUCCAGCUCUGGGUGGACUGCUGUUGGAAUGGAAAAUGACAAAAAGGAAAAUGAAAGUUCAGCCAAGUCAAUUCAUCCACUUACCUUGCGUCCUUGGGAUAUUACCGUACUUGUUAAUUUGUACAAAGUUCAUGGGCGUCUUCCUGUUCAUGGAACUACUGAUGGCCCUGAAUGCCCCACAGCUUUCUUGGAAAGACUAUGUUUUGAAAUGAAAAAAGGAUUUAGGGAGACUAUGCUGCAGCUUAUCCUGUCACCCCUGAAUGUGUUUGUCAGUGAUAACUAUCAGCAGCGACCCCCUGUGGAUGAAGUACUCAGGGAAGGUCACAUCAAUUUGUCAGGUCUCCAGCUGAGAGCACAUGCUAUGUUCUCGGCAGAAGGUCUUCCUUUGGGAAGUGAUUCCUUAGAAUAUGCAUGGUUAAUUGAUGUGCAAACUGGAAGUCUUACAGCUAAGGUCACAGCACCACAGCUGGCAUGCCUCUUGGAGUGGGGACAGACAUUUGUUUUUCAUGUGGUAUGUCGGGAGUAUGAACUGGAAAGACCAAAAUCAGUAAUAAUAUGUCAGCAUGGAAUUGAUCGUCGGUUCUGUGAAUCUAAGUUGAGUUGUAUUCCUGGGCCUUGUCCAACUUCAGAUGAUUUGAAAUAUACUAUGACUCGUAUAGCAGUAGAUGGAGCCGAUAUUUACAUUGUCGAGCAUGGUUGUGCUACAAAUAUAAAGAUGGGUGCAAUUCGAGUUGCAAACUGUAAUCUCCACAAUCAGUCGGUUGGGGAAGGAAUCAGUGCUGCAAUUCAGGAUUUUCAAGUGAGACAGUACAUUGAGCAAGUAAAUAAUUGCAGAAUUGGACUUCAGCCUUCAGUGCUACGGAGGGCCUAUUGGCUUGAAGCUGGGUCAGCCAAUUUAGGACUUAUUACUGUUGAUAUUGCUUUAGCUGCUGACCAUCAUUCUAAACAUGAGGCACAGAGACAUUUCUUAGAAACUCAUGAUGCCAGAACUAAGAGGUUGUGGUUUUUGUGGCCAGAUGAUAUCCUGAAGAAUAAGAGGUGUAGAAACAAAUGUGGUUGUCUCGGUGGCUGCAGAUUCUUCGGUGGCACAAUAACCGGCCUAGAUUUCUUCAAACUUGAAGAGUUGACACCUUCCAGUAGCUCUGCAUUUUCAAGCACAAGUACAGAGUCUCUGCUACAGCCUGGAGAAUGGAUAAUUACUAAAGAAAUUCCCAAAAUUAUAGAUGGUAAUAUGAAUGGCAUGAAGAGGAAAGAAUGGGAAAACAAAUCAGUGGGAAUAGAAGUAGAGAGAAAAACUCAGCACCUUAGUCUUCAAGUACCAUUACGAUCUCAUAGUUCAUCCUCUUCCUCAGAAGAGAACAGUAGUUCUAGUGCUGCACAGCCUUUGUUGGCUGGUGAAAAGGAAAGUCCAUCUGUUGCUGAUGACCAUUUGGUUCAGAAAGAGUUCUUGCAUGGGACAAAAAGAGAUGAUGGCCAAACAAGUAUCCCUACAGAAACUUCAGGAAACAGCCCUGUGUCUCCUAAUACUCAAGAUAAGUCAGUAGGUCAAUCUCCUCUUAGAUCUCCCUUGAAACGGCAAGCCUCUGUCUGUUCCACCCGACUUGGAAGUACUAAGAGUCUUACUGCUGCUUUCUAUGGGGACAAGCAGCCCGUAACAGUUGGAGUCCAGUUUAGUAGUGAUGUCUCUCGAAGUGAUGAGAAUGUACUAGAUUCACCAAAGCAGAGGAGAAGUUUUGGUUCAUUCCCGUAUACACCAUCAGCAGACUCUAAUUCAUUUCAUCAGUAUCGAUCAAUGGAUUCCAGCAUGUCAAUGGCUGAUAGUGAAGCCUACUUUUCUGCUGCUGAGGAGUUUGAACCGAUUAGCAGUGAUGAAGGCCCUGGAACUUAUCCAGGUAGAAAAAAGAAGAAAAAGCAAACCCAGCAAAUUGACUACAGUAGGGGUUCUAUAUAUCACAGUGUAGAAGGACCACUUACUGGACAUGGAGAAAGCAUUCAGGAUUCCCGAACUCUACCAUUCAAAACACAUCCUUCUCAGGCUUCAUUUGUUUCUGCAUUAGGUGGAGAAGAUGAUGUUAUAGAGCAUCUAUAUAUUGUAGAAGGUGAGAAAACAGUGGAGAGUGAACAGAUUACUCCGCAACAACCCGUGAUGAAUUGUUAUCAGACUUACCUUACUCAGUUUCAGGUAAUUAAUUGGUCAGUUAAGCACCCAACCAACAAAAGAACCUCUAAGUCCUCAUUGCAUCGUCCCCUUGAUCUGGAUACACCAACCAGUGAAGAAAGUUCAUCAUCGUUUGAACAGCUUUCUGUUCCAACUUUUAAGGUAAUCAAGCAGGGGCUCACGGCUAAUUCUUUGCUAGACCGAGGCAUGCAACUUUCAGGAUCAACUUCAAAUACACCAUAUACUCCGUUGGAUAAAAAACUCACUGAUAACACAGAUGAUGAAACAUUAACAGAAGAGUGGACCCUGGAUCAACCAGUGUCCCAGACCAGGACAACAGCCAUAGUUGAAGUAAAAGGAACUAUUGAUAUCGUUUUGACUCCCCUGGUGGCUGAAGCUUUAGACAGAUAUAUUGAAGCAAUGGUUCAUUGUGCUAGUACGCGACAUCCAGCUGCAAUUGUAGAUGAUCUUCAUGCUAAAGUUCUCAGGGAAGCAGUCCAAAAUAGCAAGACUACCUUCUCAGAAAAUUUAUCUUCCAAACAAGAUGUUAGAGGAACGAAAACUGAGCACCCUGCAAUAGGAACGACUAACCAAGGACAAGCACAGAACAAUCUUACAAUUAAGCAAGAUAAUGUAACAAUUAAAGGACUUCAGACUAAUGUUAGCAUACCAAAGGUAAACUUAUGCUUGUUACAAGCCUCAGUGGAAGAAUCUCCAACUACAGCUCCUAGUAGGAGUGUGACUCAUGUUUCCCUAGUGGCAUUGUGUUUUGACAGAAUUGCUACACAAGUUCGUAUGAACAGAGGUGUGGUUGAAGAGACUUCAAACAAUGCAGAACCUGGUAGAACAUCAAAUUUUGAUAGGUAUGUUCACGCCACAAAGAUGCAACCUCAGUCAUCUGGAUCUCUCAGAUCAAAUGCUGGAGCAGAAAAAGGAAAAGAAAUUGCAGCCAAGUUAAACAUUCAUCGAGUUCACGGGCAACUUAGGGGUCUUGAUACAACAGACAUUGGGACCUGUGCCAUCACUGCUAUUCCUUUUGAGAAGUCCAAAGUUUUAUUUACUCUUGAAGAGUUGGAUGAAUUUACUUUUGUGGAUGAAACUGAUCAGCAAGCUGUUCCAGAUGUAACUCGAAUAGGUCCCAGCCAAGAAAAAUGGGGAUGGAUAAUGUUUGAAUGUGGACUUGAAAAUUUAACCAUAAAAGGAGGAAGACAGUCUGGUGCUGUUUUAUAUAACAGUUUUGGAAUUAUGGGUAAAGCUAGUGACACAGAAAGGGGUGGAGUGCUGACAUCCAAUAAUUCUUCUGAUUCUCCAACUGGCAGUGGCUAUAAUACUGAUGUCUCUGAUGAUAAUCUUCCAUGUGACCGGACAAGCCCUUCCUCAGACUUAAAUGGAAAUUCUGUUUCAGAUGAACAAGAUGAAGGAGUCGAAUCUGAUGAUUUGAAAAAAGAUCUCCCUCUGAUGCCUCCUCCUCCGGAUUCAUGUAGCAUGAAGUUGACCAUUAAAGAAAUUUGGUUUAGUUUUGCAGCUCCCACCAAUGUGAGAUCUCACACCCAUGUAUUUUCUAGGCAGCUGAACCUUUUAAGCACUGCAACGCCAGCUGUUGGUGCAUGGCUUGUUCCUAUUGACCAACUCAAGUCAUCUUUAAACAAAUUGGAAACUGAGGGAACCUUGAGAAUUUGUGCUGUUAUGGGAUGCAUAAUGACAGAAGCAUUAGAGAAUAAAAGUGUACAUUUUCCCCUAAGAAGUAAAUACAACAGACUGACAAAAGUUGCUCGCUUUCUCCAAGAAAAUCCUUCAUGUUUGCUAUGUAAUAUACUACACCACUAUCUGCACCAGGCAAAUUACUCCAUCAUUGAUGAUGCUACAAUGAGUGAUGGACUUCCUGCUUUGGUAACUUUGAAGAAAGGUUUAGUUGCACUGGCAAGGCAGUGGAUGAAGUUUAUUGUGGUGACACCAGCCUUUAAAGGAGUUAGCUUACAUAGACCAGCUCAGCCUCUGAAACCUCAAAUAGCUGUGGACCAUGAACACGAAGAUGGACUUGGAUUGGACAAUGGGGGCGGUCUUCAAAGUGAUACCAGUGCUGAUGGUGCAGAAUUUGAGUUUGAUGCAGCCACAAUCAGUGAACACACAAUGCUAUUAGAAGGAACAGCUAACCGGCCCCCACCUGGUAGCUCUGGACCUGUAACUGGAGCUGAGAUAAUGAGGAAACUUUCUAAAACUCAUACCCAUAGUGACUCUGCAUUAAAAAUAAAGGGAAUUCACCCAUAUCAUUCUCUGAGCUAUACCAGUGGAGAUACUGCCACUGAUUCUCCAGUGCAUGUUGGACGUGCUGGGAUGCCAGUAAAGGAGAGUCCAAGGAAGGAGAGUCUACUCAGCUACCUGACCGGAAGCUUCCCAAGCUUGCACAACCUCCUGGAAGGGACUCCUCAGAGAAGCAGUGCUGCUGUGAAAAGUAGCUCCCUAACGAGAACAGGAAAUGCAGUAGCCACUGAUAUGUUAUCUGAACAUCCCUUGCUAUCUGAACCAUCAUCUGUGAGUUUCUAUAACUGGAUGUCAAAUGCUGUGGGUAAUCGAGGAAGUGUAGUACAAGAAUCUCCUGUUACAAAAUCAGGACACAAUAGUCUUCCAACAGGUGUUGCACCCAAUCUUCCUACAAUACCCUCAGCCUCAGAUUUCAACACUGUCUUGUCUAGUGACCAAAAUACUUUGGAUGGCACACAUUCUCAGCAUAGCACCAGUCAGGAUGAUGUGGCAGGUGUAGAAGAAGCAAACCAAGGGUUUCCUGCUGUUCAGCUUGCUGAUGCACAGGUUGUUUUCAAACCUCUUCUGAGUCAUACAGGGAUCCAGUCACAGGAUACAAUGCCACUAUGCUACCGAAUGUACUUUGGAGAACACCUUUCAUUUUCAGGGACUUUGGACUGCCUCAGAGCAGAUAUUGUGGAUUCAGACACAGCCAAAGAGAGAAAAGGCAAAAGAGCAAGAAGGCAAGGCCAUGUGAAUCUUCCUCCACUUGAGUUCAAACCAGCAUUAAUGUUGGGAACCUUUAGCAUCAGUGCUGUUGUAAUGGAAAAGUCCGUGUGCACCCCUCAGAACUCUACCAGUGCCCUUUCUUUUCAUGAUCUCAGCAAGCGGUAUUAUAAUACCUUUCACUGCAACUUUACUAUUUCCUGUCAGUCAAUAAGCCAGCAUGUAGAUAUGGCUUUGGUUCGUCUUAUUCAUCAGUUUAGCACAAUGAUAGAUGACAUCAAAGCAACUCAGACUGAUAUUAAACUUAGCAGAUAUACAGCCGGAUCUGCUUCUCCAACACCUACCUUCAAAACCAGAAAACAUCGGGACUUUCGUUCAUCUGACUUUAGCCGCAGUUCUAGAGGAAGUCUUAAUGGUGGCAAUAGAGUAAAUAAUGCAAAGAACAAACGGACCAACAAUGAGAAUAACAAAAAGGAAUCUCGAAACAAGAAUUCACUAGGAAGAUCUGAAAGAAGAACAUCAAAAGUGUCUAGGAAAGGUUCAAAAGAUGUGGUGGAUCACAUGACUAUUCAUAUGGAUGACUCUGAUUCAAUUACAGUGUCAGAACAAAGUGAACCUUCAGCUGAGUGCUGGCAGAAUAUGUAUAAAUUGCUUAACUUCUAUUCACUUAUCUCUGAUCCAACGGGAAUAUUGGAAAAAUCUUCAGAAACAUUUGGACCAGCAGGAGUUCGAAGCCCUACAGAGCCAACAUGUAAAGUUGUGUUUGAGAAUGAGCAAGACAACAACAGUUUGACUAAGACACAGAGGAAACGUAGCUUGGUAACUUCUGAACCUCAGCAUGUUACUCUAAUAGUGUUUGGGAUUGGCAUGGUGAACCGCACACACCUGGAGGCAGAUAUUGGUGGACUAACAAUGGAAUCAGAACUGAAGAGGAUCCAUGGCAGUUUUACUCUUAAGGAAAAAAUGAAAGAUGUUUUACAUCAAAAGAUGACUGAGACUUGUGCUACUGCUCAUAUUGGUGGGGUUAAUAUUGUGCUGCUUGAAGGGAUUACACCAAAUAUACAACUGGAGGAUUUUCCUACAUCUCCUACAAGUACAGCCAAACAAGAGUUUCUAACUGUAGUGAAAUGUAGUAUUGCCAAGUCCCAAGCCCUCUACAGUGCCCAGAGAGGGCUGAAGACAAACAAUGCUGCCGUGUUCAAAGUAGGAGCUAUCAGCAUAAACAUUCCUCAGCACCCUGCCACCUUGCAUAGCAUGAUGGUUCGAAGUUCUCACCAACUAUCUAAACAAAUCUCAGACCUAAUCAGACAACCUUCUACAGCCCCACAGCCUGUAAAAGAAGAUAUUGCAACCCCACUACCUUCUGAAAAAACCCCAACAAGCGUUAAUCAAACUCCUGUUGAAACAAAUGAAUUUCCUCAGCUACCAGAAGGCUUAGAAAAGAAGCCUAUUGUUCUUAAAUUCAGUGCCAUGUUAGAUGGUAUAGCCAUUGGAGCAGCACUUUUACCUUCUCUGAAAGCAGAAUACAAGAUGGGAAGAAUGAGAAGUCAUGGAAUGACAGGUGCACAGACAAGAUUUACAUUUGAGCUGCCAAAUCACAGAUUGCGUUUUACUUCAAAAGUUUCUGCCACAGAUAUGUCAACCAUUCCUCCUUCUGCCAGUCUUAACCUUCCUCCUGUUACCAUGUCAGGGAAAUACAUAAUGGAAGAACAUGAUAGUUAUUCGGAUCAGGUGUGGAGUAUAGAUGAACUGCCUUCUAAACAAGGUUAUUAUUUACAGGGAAAUUAUCUACGUUGUGUGGCAGAAGUUGGUUCCUUUGAACAUAAUCUUACAACUGAUCUUCUAAACCACUUGGUAUUUGUACAGAAAGUGUUUAUGAAGGAAGUUAAUGAAGUAAUACAAAAAGUUUCUGGUGGAGAGCAGCCUAUUCCUCUCUGGAAUGAACAUGAUGGAACAUCAGAUGGAGAUAAGCCUAAAAUUCUCCUCUAUUCCCUAAACUUGCAGUUCAAGGGUAUUCAAGUAACGGCCACUACUCCAUCAAUGAGAGCUGUAAGAUUUGAAACUGGAUUGAUUGAACUGGAACUUUCUAACCGACUUCAAACCAAAGCUUCACCAGGAAGUAGCAGCUAUCUGAAACUAUUUGGCAAAUGCCAAGUGGAUUUAAAUCUGGCAUUAGGACAAAUUGUCAAACAUCAGGUUUAUGAGGAAGCUGGUUCUGAUUUUCAUCAAGUUGCCUAUUUUAAAACGAGAAUUGGAUUAAGAAAUGCCCUCCGAGAGGAAAUCAGUGGUUCUUCAGAUAGGGAAGCUGUGCUUAUUACUUUGAAUAGACCAAUUGUUUAUGCACAGCCUGUGGCCUUUGAUAGAGCUGUGCUGUUUUGGCUGAAUUAUAAGGCUGCCUAUGACAACUGGAAUGAACAACGAAUGGCUUUACAUAAGGAUAUUCACAUGGCUACAAAGGAAGUAGUAGAUAUGCUACCUGGUAUCCAGCAAACAUCAGCCCAGGCCUUUGGGACUCUUUUCCUCCAGCUCACUGUCAAUGAUCUGGGAAUUUGCCUUCCUAUCACAAAUACUGCACAGUCUAAUCAUACUGGAGACCUUGACACUGGAUCUGCUUUGGUAUUAACCAUUGAAAGUACCCUCAUCACUGCUUGCUCUUCAGAAUCUCUGGUUAGCAAAGGGCAUUUCAAAAACUUUUGUAUCCGUUUUGCCGAUGGAUUUGAGACAUCAUGGGAUGACUGGAAACCAGAAAUUCGUGGGGAUUUAGUGAUGAAUGCCUGUGUAGUUCCAGAUGGCACCUAUGAAGUAUGUUCAAGAACUACAGGACAAGCAGCAGCUGAAAGUAGUAGCGCUGGAACCUGGACACUCAAUGUAUUGUGGAAAAUGUGUGGGAUUGAUGUCCACAUGGAUCCUAACAUUGGUAAAAGGCUUAAUGCUCUGGGCAAUACUCUUACAACACUGACAGGAGAGGAGGACAUAGAUGACAUUGCUGACUUAAAUUCAGUGAACAUAGCUGAUCUGUCAGAUGAGGAUGAAGUUGAUACUAUGUCUCCCACUAUCCAUACUGAAGCCAUAGAUUAUCGAAGACAGGCAGCAUCUGCUAGCCAGCCAGGAGAACUUAGAGGAAGAAAAAUUAUGAAGCGUAUAGUGGAUAUCAGAGAACUGAAUGAACAGGCCAAAGUAAUAGAUGAUCUGAAAAAAUUAGGUGCAAGUGAAGGAACCAUAAACCAAGAAAUUCAACGUUACCAACAGUUAGAAUCUGUGGCUGUGAAUGACAUUAGAAGAGAUGUUCGUAAAAAAUUACGGAGGUCCAGUAUGCGAGCUGCUUCCCUAAAGGAUAAGUGGGGUUUGAGUUACAAACCAAGUUACAGCCGAUCAAAAAGCAUUUCUGCUUCUGCAAGACCACCUCUAAAGCGAAUGGAAAGGACAAGUUCUCGAGUAGGAGAAACUGAAGAGCUCCCAGAAAUCCGUGUGGAUGCAGCAUCUCCUGGACCUAGAGUAACUUUUAAUAUCCAGGAUACAUUGAAAAAUACAGUAUGGGGAAGUACACCACAAUCCAGCGGUCCUGGGGAAGGGUAUUUUCAGUUUCCAGAGGAAACAGAACUUGACCUUUUGUCAGUAACUAUUGAAGGUCCAUCCCAUUACUCAUCAAAUAGUGAAGGAUCAUGUUCCGUGUUCAGUUCUCCCAAAACUCCAGGAGGUUUUUCACCAAGCAUUCCUUUCCAAAGUGAAGAGGGCCGACGGGAUGACAGUUUGUCUUCUACCAGUGAAGAUUCUGAGAAAGAUGAAAAAGAUGAAGACCAUGAGAGGGAAAGGUUUUAUAUUUACAGGAAACCCUCACAUACAUCUCGUAAAAAAGCAACAGGCUUUGCUGCUGUUCAUCAGCUAUUUACAGAACGCUGGCCAACAACACCAGUCAAUAGAAGUCUUAGUGGCACAGCUACAGAGAGAAAUAUUGACUUUGAACUUGAUAUACGGGUUGAAAUUGAUAGUGGAAAAUGUGUACUCCACCCAACCACCCUUCUACAAGAACAUGAUGAUAUAAGUUUGAGAAGGAGUUAUGAUCGAAGUUCUAGGAGCUUAGAUCAAGAUUCACCUUCAAAAAAGAAGAAGUUUCAAACUAAUUAUGCUUCUACCACCCAUUUAAUGACCGGAAAGAAAGUGCCAUCAUCUCUGCAGACAAAGCCUAGUGACUUAGAAACAACAGUAUUUUACAUUCCUGGAGUUGAUGUAAAGUUGCAUUACAAUUCCAAGACACUAAAGACUGAAUCACCUAAUGCCUCCAGAGGAUCUUCCUUGCCAAGAACACUCUCCAAAGAGUCCAAGCUGUAUGGUAUGAAAGAUAGUGCAACAUCUCCUCCUUCUCCUCCUUUACCUUGCACUGUCCAGAGCAAGACUAACACCUUACUUCCUCCCCAGCCCCCACCUAUUCCCACAGCCAAAGGAAAAGGAAGUGGAGGAGUAAAAACAGCCAAGUUAUAUGCCUGGGUAGCACUUCAGUCAUUGCCAGAAGAAAUGGUUAUCAGUCCCUGCCUAUUAGACUUUCUGGAAAAAGCUCUGGAAACUAUCCCAAUUACACCAAUUGAAAGGAAUUAUACAGCUGUCAGCUCACAAGAUGAAGAUAUGGGACAUUUUGAAAUACCAGAUCCUAUGGAAGAGUCAACAACAUCACUAGUGUCAUCUUCAACAUCUGCUUAUUCUUCCUUCCCUGUAGAUGUUGUGGUUUAUGUACGAGUUCAGCCCUCACAGAUCAAAUUUAGCUGUUUACCAGUAUCAAGAGUAGAAUGCAUGCUAAAGCUGCCAUCCCUGGACUUGGUGUUUUCUUCAAACCGAGGAGAACUAGAGACUUUAGGGACUACAUAUACUGCAGAGACUUUAUCCCCUGGAGGUAAUGCUACUCAGAGUGGAACAAAGACUUCUGCUAGCAAAACUGGAAUACCAGGUUCAUCGGGAUUAGGCAGCCCUCUUGGCCGAAGUCGACAUAGUAGUAGUCAGUCAGAUCUGACCACUUCCAGCAGUAGUUCAUCUGGCCUGAGCUUCACUGCAUGCAUGUCUGACUUUUCCCUUUAUGUAUUUCAUCCAUAUGGAGCGGGAAAACAAAAAACUGCUGUUUCUGGCCUUACAGCUGGAUCAGGAGGAUUAGGGAAUGUAGAUGAGGAGCCCACUUCAGUCACUGGGCGAAAAGAUUCACUCAGUAUAAACCUUGAGUUUGUAAAAGUGAGUUUGUCACGGAUCAGGCGUUCAGGAGGUGCCUCAUUUUUUGAAAAUCAGUCUGUAAGCAAGUCUGCAAGCAAAAUGGAUACUACUUUAAUAAAUAUAUCUGCUGUUUGUGAUAUAGGGUCUGCCUCCUUUAAAUAUGAUAUGCGCCGACUCAGUGAAAUUCUGGCAUUUCCAAGAGCAUGGUAUAGGAGAAGUAUUGCAAGACGUCUAUUCCUCGGAGACCAAACUAUAAAUUUGCCAACAUCUGGCCCAGGAACACCUGACUCCAUUGAAGGGGUAAGCCAACACCUUUCCCCUGAAUCAUCAAGAAAAGCUUACUGCAAGACCUGGGAGCAACCAAGUCAGUCAGCCUCUUUCACCCACAUGCCUCAGUCACCUAAUGUGUUCAACGAGCAUAUGACAAACAGCACCAUGUCACCAGGGACAGUAGGACAAAGCCUAAAAUCCCCAGCUUCCAUAAGAUCAAGGAGUGUAUCUGAUUCUUCAGUUCCUCGAAGAGAUUCACUUUCAAAAACAUCAACUCCUUUUAACAAAUCAAAUAAAGCAGCAAGCCAACAAGGGACCCCAUGGGAAACACUAGUCGUGUUUGCUAUCAACUUGAAGCAAUUAAACGUUCAAAUGAAUAUGAGUAAUGUAAUGGGAAAUACAACUUGGACAACUAGUGGUUUGAAGAGCCAGGGCCGUCUGUCAGUAGGAAGUAAUCGUGAUCGAGAAAUUAGCAUGUCUGUUGGUCUGGGAAGAUCACAAUUAGAUUCUAAAGGAGGAGUAGUUGGAGGGACCAUAGAUGUCAAUGCUUUGGAGAUGGUUGCACAUAUUUCCGAACAUCCAAAUCAGCAGCCCAGUCACAAAAUUCAGAUUACUAUGGGUUCUACUGAAGCUCGUGUUGAUUACAUGGGCUCAAGUAUCCUCAUGGGCAUCUUCAGUAAUGCUGAUCUUAAGCUUCAGGAUGAAUGGAAAGUAAACUUGUAUAAUACAUUGGAUUCAAGCAUAACUGAUAAAAGUGAGAUUUUUGUCCAUGGAGAUUUGAAGUGGGAUAUUUUCCAAGUAAUGAUAUCAAGAUCAACCACACCAGAUCUAAUAAAAAUAGGAAUGAAGCUCCAGGAAUUUUUCACACAACAAUUUGAUACCAGCAAACGAGCGCUGUCUACUUGGGGACCAGUUCCUUAUCUUCCACCAAAGACAAUGACUAGCAACCUAGAAAAAAGUUCACAAGAACAAUUGCUUGAUGCAGCACAUCAUCGACACUGGCCUGGAGUACUGAAGGUGGUAUCUGGAUGCCACAUAUCCUUAUUUCAGAUUCCAUUACCAGAAGAUGGAAUGCAAUUUGGAGGAUCAAUGAGUUUACAUGGAAAUCAUAUGACACUGGCAUGUUUUCAUGGUCCAAACUUCCGUUCAAAAUCUUGGGCUCUUUUUCAUUUAGAAGAACCAAAUAUUGCUUUUUGGACUGAAGCUCAGAAAAUCUGGGAAGAUGGCUCCAGUGAUCAUUCUACAUAUAUUGUACAAACACUGGAUUUUCAUCUGGGUCAUAAUACCAUGGUUACCAAACCAUGUGGUGCUUUGGAAAGUCCAAUGGCAACAAUAACCAAGAUAACAAGGCGCCGCCAUGAAAACCCACCCCAUGGAGUAGCAAGUGUGAAAGAAUGGUUCAAUUAUGUUACAGCCACAAGGAAUGAAGAGCUAAAUCUACUUCGUAACGUUGAUGCUAACAACACUGAGAAUAGCACGACUGUGAAGAAUUCUAGUUUGUUGAGUGGAUUCAGAGGAGGUUCUAGCUACAACCAUGAAACAGAGACUAUCUUUGCAUUACCAAGGAUGCAGCUUGACUUUAAAUCCAUUCAUGUUCAAGAACCACAAGAACCUUCAUUACAGGAUGCCAACCUGAAACCAAAAGUAGAAUGCAGUGUGGUGACAGAGUUCACUGACCACAUUUGUGUGACUAUGGAUGCUGAGCUCAUCAUGUUUCUUCAUGAUUUAGUGUCAGCUUAUCUUAAAGAAAAAGAAAAAGCCAUUUUUCCACCUCGGAUUUUAUCUACUCGACCAGGACAGAAAAGUCCAAUUAUUAUACAUGAUGACAAUUCCUCUGAUAAAGAUAGAGAAGACAGCAUCACUUAUACUACUGUGGACUGGAGAGAUUUUAUGUGCAAUACAUGGCAUCUAGAACCUACUCUUAGAUUAAUUUCUUGGACUGGAAGAAAGAUCGAUCCAGUAGGUGUUGAUUAUAUUCUUCAGAAACUGGGCUUUCAUCAUGCUAGGACUACUAUUCCUAAAUGGCUUCAAAGAGGAGUCAUGGAUCCACUGGACAAGGUUCUAUCAGUUCUUAUCAAAAAGCUCGGUACUGCAUUACAGGAUGAAAAGGAAAAGAAAGGAAAAGACAAAGAAGAACACUAAAAAAGUAAUUUGAUCUGUGAACAAAUUAUGAUUGUGUCUGUUAAGUUUUAUUACACUGGAGUGUUGUUUUAGUAUAAUAAUUUUAAAUAUAACUUUAAAAUAAUUUAAAUUUGUGGCCAUUGUAAGUUUGUAAGUUAAUCUGUUUAUUCUAGUUCCAUCAUUCUGUGUACAGUAAAGUAUUGCAUGAUAAUGUAAAUUUUGUGAAAAACUAGAUUAUAAUAUAUAAAUCUGCUUGUUAGGAUUUAUAAUUACAUAAUGUGCAAUAUGAUUCCUGCAUCUUUAAAAUGUUUGCAGAAUAACUGUGAAUUUUUCUGUUAUUGGAUUGGCUGUAACUUUUAGAAAAAAAUCUUGUUAAUAAUGUGAUUUUGGGGAGGUCAUUAUUUGCGUUUUCUUUUUUUAAUGUAGACUUGUAUAAAUACCUGUAUAUAGUUUGAGUCAUUGUGAUAUGAUUGUAUACCACUAAAAUAUUGUUAACUAUUGUAAUAAAAUCACAAUAAUAGUUUCA